UCUUAGCAAGCUGGUAGCACCAGACCGUUUGGUAAUCUAAAAUUAAACGGACAAUAACACUUGUCGCAUUCGCUUGAGUGUCCUGCUGUGCACUGACAAAUAAAUAAAUCAUCCAUCACAGAUUUUACUCUGCUCAACAUGUUUAAAUCGUUGGUUCUUGGUUUGGCAUUGCUUUUCUGCGCGCAUAAUGCAUUCGCAGGAUUUCUUGGUGGCGGCUAUGGCUUAGGCCAUGACUACGGACACUAUGGACUGGGGCAUGGAUAUUACGGCGGCUAUGGUUAUGGUGGCUAUGGACAUUAUGAUCAUGGCUAUGCAGCGCCUAUCAUUACCAAGACGAUCGCUGCAGCACCAGUGAUUACGAAAAUUCAGGCCGCACCUAUCAUCACGAAAACCAUAGCGGCGCCAAUUGUGACAAAGACCAUCGCCGCGCCUAUAUCGCUCGGGCAUGGCUACGGCUAUGGACAUGGCUUGUACGGAGGCCAUGGCUACUACGGAGGGCAUGGUUUGUAUGGAGGGCAUGGUUACUAUGGAGGACAUGGCUAUGGCUAUGGACAUGGCUGGUAGAUGAGAUAGCGAACAGCGAAUUGUAAGCUUUGAAUGUAGAAUAUUUUUUAAGUGAGGUAAAAAAAUCAAAUAACAAUACUGUUGGUGUUCACCUAAGGGGUAUUUACUGUUAGGUUUGUACAUAUGUACGAUAUGGCGAUUGUGGCCCAACCUCAUUCAUUACACAUUUUUAUUAUAAUUGGAAUAACACCAGUUAGUAUAGAAGCGUACAAAUCCAUUGAUAUUUGUGUAUUUAAUUAUCAAAUUAUCAUGUGCGAUUCGUGCACGUAUAUGUGUAUGUAAGCAAGCAUAUUAAUUUACAUAUAUACAAUUUUUUAUUAAUUACUAUAAUUCUUGUUUAUCCAAUGCAAAUAUCAAAUGUCGAAUGCCAAAAACAAAAAUAAAAUAUCAAGUCAAAU